UCAGAUGGGAACAUGAAUGACCAGGAGCUGAAUGAACCGCAGAACAGAGUCACCCUGCUGAAAGCUGAGCUGAAUCGGGCUGGUCUGGAAGCAGGAGACACGGAGAAGGUCAUCAGCCAUCUCCACAGAGAACUUCUGGAAGCCCAGGACUUGGCCAACACUGGGAAGCAGAAAUGUCUGGAGCUCCAAGCUCUGCUAGAGGAGGAGAGGAGGAGUAACUCCAAGCUGACUCAGGAGUCCAGCAAGCAGAUCCAGUUCCUGCAGACUCAGCUGGAGAAACUUCAGGCGGACAUGGAGGCCCUGAGGGAGCAGAGGGAGGGCACCAUCUGCAGCACCAGGGAGGAGCUCUGCUCCGCCCAGGAGGAGAUUCUCGUUCUGCGACACGCCAUGGAGACGGCCACCGCAGAGCGGGAGCGAGAGAUCGCCGCCCUGCAGGCGAACGUGGGUAGCAUUCGCUCUGAGCUGGAACACUGGAGGGCCACGGCUGCCAAGUACGAGGAGGAGAUCAGCCGCCUGCAGGAGACAUUUUCUCAGCAGCAGCAGAGCAAAGCCAGUCAGCUGCAAGAGGAGUGUGCAGCUUUGCAGCAGCGCUGCACAUCUUUGCAGCAGGACUGUGAAGGCUUGAGAGCUGAGCGGAGAGAUCUCACAGAGAAGCUGCAGCGCCUGGAGGCUGAGCUCAGCAGGUACGAAGAUCAGGUUCAGUCAA